GCAUGUAAAAUGCAAAAAUGAAAUACAUGAUGGCUGAACGUUUCUUUUAGAGAACCCAAUUUGCCCAGACGUUAUGUGCAUGAUUUUCUGUGAACACGGAUACGAAGAAGAUGAAAAUGGAUGUAAAACAUGUGUGUGUAAAGAACCAAUAGACAUAGUGCCACGAGGUCUAUCCAAACAUCGAUGUCUGCCUUUCAACUGUAAAAUGUUCUGUGAAAACGGCUUUCAAAGAGACAGUCUUGGAUGCAGUAUCUGUAGAUGUAAAGCACCAAAAGAAAGAAAUGUGAGAGAACUGUUAGCUAAAAGAAAAUGUCCAGACUUCCAAUGUUUGAUGUUUUGUGACAAAGGCUUUAAGAAGGAUAGUUUUGGAUGUGAUAUCUGUAUCUGUAGAGAAUAGUAUAGUAAACGAAGACGAAUAAGAUGCACGCAAAGGUCCGCAACAGAAUUGACAAAAGUAAAUUCAACGAUCAAUGACGUCCUUAUAGGAUUAUAUCUACUACUGAAUGACAUUUCUUGAAGAAAUCAUCAACACCUUUGUAAUUUACGCAUUUUGCUGUCCUAUAUGAAGCUCUACAGAAUGUUCCAAUAUUGAUUGUCUUGGGCUGAAUGGUUAUUAGACUUUAUCAAUUUUAGUACAUGUUUUAGAUUUUUUUUUUUUAGAUUUUAAGUCCAAGUUGACUAUAUAACAACUUACUGUAUUAACUGAUAAUCGUUAUUGCAAUAGAAAAAGGAAAUUUAUUGCGUGAUUAUACCCUACACAGUAACAGUGUGGGGUGACAAUGGAAUUUGGUGUAAAUAAUUUAUAUUUCACUAACCUACACAGCCAAUUAUAAAGCCAAUUAUUUCAAAAUGAGAUAACACUGAAAACAGAUUAAUAAUCUUAAUAAAUGUUGAUGCAUUAGUUAUAA